CUCGCCUCCUCGGCGAAGGAGAUCUCGCCAUCUUUUCCCUUUUCCAGUCGAGACCACGCGAUGACGGGUUUUAGCAACAAGGCCAUUCUUAUCGAUGGCCGUGGCCAUCUCCUGGGCCGGUUGGCAGCUAUCGUUUCCAAGACCAUCCUCCAGGGUAACAAAGUCAUCGUCGUGAGAUGCGAACAGUUAAACAUCUCCGGUAACUUCUUCAGGAACAAACUGAAGUUCAUGUCCUUCUUGCGCAAAAGGUGCAACGUGAACCCAGCUCGUGGUCCAUUCCACUUCCGUGCUCCUAGCAGGAUCUUUUGGAAAACAGUUCGUGGAAUGAUCCCACACAAAACACAGAGAGGUAAGGAUGCUCUCAGAAGAUUAAAAGCAUAUGAAGGAGUUCCUCCACCAUAUGACAGGAGAAAGCGACUUGUUGUCCCUAGCGCUAUGAGGGUCAUGUGCUUGAAACCAGGCAGAAAAUACUGUCAUGUUGGGCGUCUUUCACAUGAAGUUGGAUGGAAAUACCAAGCAGUUGUUCGUUCCCUUGAGAACAAGAGACGUGUCAGGACCAUCAUCGACGUGCAAAAGAGAAGGAAGCUCAAGAAACUCACCCACUUGGCUAAAGAAUCAAAGGCCGUACAAAAAACUGCCACUGAGUAUACAAACAUUAUCAAGAGUUGCGGUUACAACUAAGACCUUUGUUAUAAGAAUAAUAAAACAUCUUAUCUUAUUAAAAA